AUGAUAGGAAUGAUGGAAUCAAGUAGUAUCCUCCUUGCUGUCGGUCUGUUCCUGCUGCUUGCACAAGCAGUUUCUGGGACACGCCAGUUGCAACAACAGCAGCAAUGUGAUUCAUGCGCGCCUCCUAUUCCGUUUGAUCCAUCUGUUCACAAGCCAGUUUACAAGAUUGCGUUGCAGCCAUCUGUGAAUCUACCACUAAUGAGAAGCUUGAACGUCACUUUCGAGGAUUACCUCACAGCUACCGCCGGCAAACGUUUUGACCCACCUAUCCAGUUUGAAGUCAUGAUCAUCACCAAUAGUCUUGCCUAUGACCUGAUGAAAAGCCAGGAGAUUGACUUCAUUUUUAUCAAUCCUUUUCAAAGCACAUGUUUGGAGGAGGAAUUCGGAGCCCAAGCGAUUGCAUCGUCCGUCAGAACUACUUCUUUUGGUGGCCAGAAGCUGGCCUUGGCCCAUUUUGCUGGGAUGGUCAUUACACACGUUGACAACAACGACAUCAAUACAUUGGCUGACCUGAAGGAUAAGGUUGUCGCGGCCGUAUCUCCAGCAGCACUGGGCGGACCAUUAGUGCAAUGGCAUGAGAUGCAAAAGAAUGGAAUGUCGUACCUCAACGACCCAGCGGCCAUCGUCUUCACCAGGUCGAUGGUGAGAAGCAUUAACGGAGUGAUCGACAAGACAUAUGACGUGGGGUUCAUCAGAACGAACUUUAUGGAAUCAUUGAAAGAACGGAAUCCAGGUCUCAAUACCUCAGCAGUCAAGGUCGUCGGGAUCCGCAAGGACGAAGGCACCGUUGAUGAAGCAUUUCCGCUAGAGCACUCCACUUCCAUCAUACCAGAGUGGCGGCUUUCUGCGGCCCCAUCUACGCCCGCUAGUAUCUCCAAGGAAGUCCAAGCAGCGUUGUUGGCGCUCAAGGAGCACGGCAGGACCGGUUUGGCAAGGUCAGCUUGCCUGGAUGCCAACGGGAACAACACUGCGCAAUGUGACGAUCUCUCGGAUAUUGACUCACAAGUCUUAUGUGAGGCCAAUAUUGAAUCUGUCUCAGCUGCUGAAAGCGUGGUGUCAGCGAAAGAGCACAAUACCUUCAGAACACCUCUGUCCUUUCACAGAAUUCGAAAGAUGGCGCUCGAUCUUGGGUCCAUUCUGGAGGAUCCAACUUCAGAUUCGCUCAAGUGCUUCAGACCUUCUGAGUUUUACGACCAAAUCGUCUGCCAAAAUGGUCUCUUCAAGCUUUCACCUGAUGCCUUGGCUGCCUCAUGUAACACAACAGGGUACUCUUGUCCAGAUGGUAGGGAGUGUAUCUGCAAGCCCUGCUUCAAGGCUUUGGCGAUAGAGGUGGCUCCAACAGACCAAUACGCUGCUGGAUCUGGCUGUACCAAGAUGAGUAUAUGCUCCACGAUUGUCCAAAACGAAGUCAUUCAAUACACCGUGGUUGAUAACCAACAGCUGGAGGGUGGUCGAAAUCUGCGGGCAAAGACCCUUGAAGACGGUACUGACACAGAAAUUGCAAUCGAACAAGGGCCCAUUCCACACACGUAUUCGUUUUCUCUGAGUACUCCAAGAGUUGGCAUUUUUAUCCUGGAGAUUUAUGACGGCGAUGAACAGAUUGAUGCAUCUCCGUUGCGUGUUCGGGUAGACUAUCGUACUUGCUCCGGUGACAAAGAAGCGAGCGAGGAUGGAGUUUGCGAAUGCAAAGCCUCAUCAAUUGACAUAGGUGGAACUUGUGUGCCAAUAUGGCUUGCAGUGCUUGUCGCUCUAUCACCGAUAGCCAUUGUUGUUGCGAUUGCGGUUUACUUUUUCGUGAAGAGAAAGGAACGAGAGGCCAACAGUCUGUGGAUUGUGAAACGGUCAGACCUAAAGUUCAGCGAUCCUCCUGCCGUGCUUGGGCACGGAUCUUUUGGAUUUGUCUUACAGGCUGAAUAUCGCGGAUCAAAGGUAGCAGUCAAGCGAGCUCUUCUUCCGUCGUCAAAAGGGGACUCCAGUAGUACAGACAAUGUCCAAUUCGGGACACCGUUGAAGCGUAUUGGGUCUCAGGAUUAUGACGAAGACUCAGCAGACUCAUCCCGUAGAAGGAGCACCGAGUCGACACGAAGCGUUGAUUUGGAGGUUGGAGCAACAAAAAAUCGGGCAGAGCCACAGCCCGCAUUGUCAACACGUAAUAUCACGGCUUCGUCGAAGUCCAUGAUGAUGACCAAAGGAGCCGCAAACUCGAGAAAAACAAAACAAUUGUUCAUGGACGAAAUGCGUGUCUUGUCCACGCUUCGGCAUCCGAAUAUCACAACAAUGAUGGGCGCGGUCAUUGACGGGAGCGAACCAAUGCUCGUUAUGGAAUUCAUGGAGCAUGGGUCUCUAUAUGAAGUGUUACAGAAUCCUACGAUUGCAUUGGAGUCGGAUCUCAUCUUGCAUAUCAUACAGGACAUUGCACAAGGAACUCGAUUUUUGCACUCGUCCAACCCCCCUGUCAUUCAUGGUGACUUGAAGUCAGGCAAUAUCCUGAUUGAUUCGAAGUUUCGAGCGAAGCUGUCUGAUUUUGGAAUGGCCAAAAAAGGUAAAAGGAUAGCUACUGGCACACCUCCAUGGAUGGCGCCUGAGGUCCUGUCUGGCAAGUCGUCCAAUACAACCAAAUCAGACAUGUACUCCAUUGGUGUGAUCAUGAACGAGAUAGUCUCAAGGAAGGAACCUUACCACGCCACCACGGAUCCUUUGCAUGUCAUUGUUAAUGGAGUCACAGAUCCAAAGGUGAACCGUCGACCAGAGAUCCCCUCAUUUUGUCCUGUGAAGGUCAAGAAGCUGAUCAUGUUCUUGUGGCAUGCGGAUCCCAAACUACGCCCUACAGCCACUGAGCUAAACAACCGAUUAGAUGAUUUGAAUGAGCAAGUGUUUGCCGCUUGCGCUCCGACAAAGGCACUGCAUCGCCCUCGGGAAGUUCCCACCGGAGGCAGAGACAAUUUCUUGUAUCAGGCGUUCCCCCGACAUAUCGCAGAUAUCCUGAGCUCAGGGGGCAAGGUCGAGCCAGAGCCACACAACGACGUAUCCAUCUGUUUUUCGGAUAUUGUAGGCUUUACUACGAUUGCUUCGAAGCUUGACCCAUUGAAGGUGUCGAGUUUAUUGGAUCGUCUGUACUUGAAGUUUGAUGAGGUGACUAGGAAGUAUGACCUGUUCAAGGUUGAAACGGUCGGUGAUGCGUACAUGUGUGCUGGCAAUCUAGCGAAUGAUCAGCACGAAGACCAUGUGCGUCGGAUUGCUUUGUUUGCUACUGGUAUUUGCAAGGCUGCGUCAGAGACGUUGAUUGACGAGGAUGAUCCUUCUGUUGGUUAUUUGAAAAUUCGAGUUGGGUUCCACUGUGGUCCUGUUGUGAGCAAUGUUGUGGGAUCAUUGAAUCCUCGCUAUGGGCUGUUCGGAGAUACGGUGAAUGUUGCGGCAAGGAUGGAAAGUUCAGGGGCGGUGGGUAGAGUCCACUGUACUGAAGAAUGCGCGAAAAGGUUGAUCAACGAUGCGCCAGAUCUCUUGGUGAAGGCUCGUGGUGCAACACUGAUCAAGGGUCGUGGCCGGAUGUUGACAUAUUGGAUAUCUGAAGUGUAA